GCGAUGCACCUGGUCAGGCCAUUAAUCCUUCCUUAGUAGCGGUGCCAUAGUUAUGGCAGGUGAGCGUAGAUGGCAACGCGGUAGUGCCCUCUCGCGAUUGGUGCUCGGUUUGGUGCGGCGAGCUGCGGUGCUCACGGCAUCUGAGCCGGCAGUUUCGACCUCUCGUCUCGAGCGGCACCAUGCGCACUUGAUGCUGGUGCGGCUGCAUUUUUUGACUGGGGAAUAAUGCAGGUGUACCCGACCAACGAGGAGAAAAGCAACAACAACAUCACGCCGCCGUGGAUCGUCACCACGGACGAGUACAAUAACUCCAAGUGCGGAUGGCCUGACGAAGGUGCCGUUCCGAGUACAGGGGCGCACGACGCGCACUCAGCACAUCGCCACUCAACCGUGAGCAAGCGGACACGUUUGGGCCUCGGCCGGAGGCUGCUGUCGCGUCUCCGCGUGGAGAAGAUUGAGGGCGGCCUGAUGGUGGCCGGCGUGCUGGUGGCCGCCAACUGCAGGGUGGCCCUGCCUGUCUUCGGCUUCCUCUUCCUACUUGCCGGAGCGGUGCUCACGGCGGCCGCCUACCGCGGCCAGGAGAGCGAUGAGGAGGCCACCACUUACGUCGAACGCGUCGAGAUGACCGAGAACUCACGCGUUCUAGGACCCGCUUGUCUUGUAGUUGGAGGUAUCAUGCUGCUCGCUGGCGUAUUGCUCUGCACGCUGACUAGAAGGGCACAGCGGCAGGAGCGGCAGCGUCGCGUCGGAUUCCAUUGUCCAAUUCACGGCGACUUCUUUCCGGCCAACAUCAAAGACUCUGACCUGAUCGCUGACGAGGACGAAGAGAGCAACUGGUCGUGCUGGCGACGCCGCAGCAGGGAGGACGAUGAGGAGGCCCUGGGACCGCGCAUUCGAGCCGACAGCGUCGUAAACCCGCAGCACGCGCCGCUGUGUCCGCACAGCUCGCACACCAGCGCCCGCAGCAGCCUCUGCUCACCGUGGACCAACAACCAGCAGCAAAGCAAGGAAAUCGUGGUUACCGCAAGCCCCUGUCCUACGCCGCAGCCUUUCCUCGUGCCCUCAGGGUCUAUCAGCAGUGGCAUGGUUCCAUCGGCUCGGCUUUCUCCAGACCAGACUUUUGGCUCCAUCAGGUCGCUCAGCGUAACCCGAGAAGUCGCAAGUUUUCCAAUGUCACGCACACCGUCACCACCGCCGCCAAGGGCAGCGCUUGAGAGAUGCGUAAUGGCAGAAAUCGCUUCACCGAGCGCCGUGCCGAGCAUUCCACCUCCGCGGCCGCCACUGCCUGCCGUCCGAAUGGUGUCCCCAGUGCUGGAGGCGACGGCUGGAUGACUAGGUCGCGUUGGCAGCCCGGCCAGGACACGUCCGCAGUCCUAGCUAAAAGUGCUGGUUCAAGUGAAGGGACCCUUAGGCCAAUCAGUGUGACUGUGGCCGCGUUUUAAAGCAACAACUAACAGUGAUCCAAACAAGACUGCCCGGCCAGCGCAGACAAGCAAAGUGAGAGGACUCGCACUUCAAUCGCGAGGCUGACACGGGAAGUGAGAAUUUUGAACGAAUGAUUCAAUCGUAUUCAACGUUACGUAGACCAUGGCAGGACAUUGUAUUUUACUAUUUCUAUUCGAAAGCCAUCACUACAUUUCAAAAGGGCUGCUUUCUUUUUUCUAUUAAAUAAUAAUAUGGUUGUGUACCUUUUUGUAUACUGCUUUAGAGCCAGGGCAUCAAAAUAUUUAGCUAGCGCGUGGAUGGCAUGAAAUGUGUUAUUUUUUUUAGCUUCAGAGGGGCGCAUGCUGCUGAUUCUUAUCCGCUACAAUAUAUCGUUCCCCUUUCUUGUUUAGCAAGCCUAACUUAGUUGGUAAACGUUGAUGUGAUAAAGAACAAAACUCCAUAAAGUAAUAAGAUUAAAUCUUUUAGAAAAUUCGAACCCAGAACCCACGAGAAAAAGCUAAAUGUCAGAUGCUGCUGUCAAUAAAGAGGAGCAUAACUUAAAAAU